CUGUAGCCAAUAAUGACAAGUGUUUUGUGUGAUGCUCAGAGCACAAUCAGUGGGUCGGUGCGACGCAUCUGAGGCCUUACUACCCCGAAUCUCCCCGGUCGCAUCUCCCUCGGGGUGAUAAUCCGCGCACGCGACGCAAGCUCCGCCCGAGGGCGUGGCCGAGGACUUCCGCAGCACUCCCCCGCACAUCCCCCGCCCUCCGUCUCCGACGACCGGACGAGGCGCCUCGCUAUUAUCCCGGCUUCCUGUCCGCGAACGCUCGCCUGCACCUCCGAUAUAUUGAUUUGUUUAUUUUUUUCCCGCGCAAACAACGACAAAUAAGACGGACGUGGCCCUUCCCAGUGGCCUCCCGUGACGGUACAAACGGACGCUCACGCGGCCGCCGGCCGCGACGCCGCGAGAUGGACCGUGUGCAGAGUGCUAAGCCUUCACCUAGUGCCAAUGAUGGAGCUAUCAAUUAAGUGAAGGGUGGACUUCCGCGGACUGAAGUGCGCCACAGCCACGGCACUCAGAGCAGGAAUCAAAGCUGCGAUGUACGAAAGCAGUUGUUCUUAUGCCGGGGCCUUGGAACUGAAACGUAGUGCACUUAAAGAGGAGCCCUGGCCGACCACAGAAUGGCCUCCAUACCGGCUUCACCAAUCCACCUUCGAGCAGCUGAAACAGAGCGUAGAAAAGGCCAAAGCGGCUCUGCAAGACCGCUCCGGACUGCUGGGCACGGCGACGGCGUUCGGUGACUUCUACGGUGGACAGCUGGGCCAGGACGCCACCAGCUCCGCCCUCGGCUUCGGCAGGACCUCGCGGACAGAGGACUCUAUGCUAGGCGCUAUAGAUAAAAGCAAAGCUCUAGGAUCAGACAAACUGGCCGGCGGUCUCGGAAAGGGCUACUCCACACCGACGCUGUCCGAUUCUCUACGUGCCACCAAAUGUUCAGAUGCCUCAUACAAAAGCACUUGGUCUACACAUGCAUCAUCCCAGGGAUCCCAAGGCUAUGGCACCAACUCGUUGUCCGCGAUGUCGAAGUCCUCACUCGAUGCGCACACGCAUCUCCGUCAGCCGGAUCCUUAUCAAAUGUUUGGUCCAACGAGUAGUCGUCUGGCGAAUUCAGGAUCAGGUCAAAUACAACUCUGGCAGUUCUUGCUGGAACUUCUGAGUGACUCGAGCAACGCAGGCUGCAUCACCUGGGAGGGCACCAACGGCGAGUUCAAGCUGACGGACCCGGACGAGGUGGCGCGCCGGUGGGGCGAGCGCAAGUCCAAGCCCAACAUGAAUUACGACAAACUGAGCAGGGCUCUCAGAUACUACUAUGACAAGAACAUCAUGACUAAGGUCCAUGGCAAACGCUAUGCCUAUAAAUUCGACUUCCAAGGGCUAGCGGCGGCCACACAACCGGCGGCGAGCGAUCCGGCAUAUAAAUAUCAAAGCGAUCUUUUCAUGAGCUCUUACCAUCACUCGGCAAAGCUCUCGUCUUUCAUGGCUCCCCACGCAGCCAUGCCGACAUCAACAGCGUCGAUUUUCCCGUCGGCGUCGUGGAGCAACUGGGGCGGUGGGGGGAGCAACCUCUACUCCCCCCACUCUAUGGCCCCACCCCACGUGACGUCGCAUCUGGGCUCGUAUCCGCACUACGCAUGACCAGCCAUAUAAUUCGACGAUAUACCAAACGACGACAGUAAUAUGGAUACACUUUUUGUUAAUUAUUAUUUAUAAAUUUUUACGCUUCUCUUGUCUAUGUACCUACGGUUAACUUUUAACUCGUUAUUAGCUAUAUUUUGCCAAACACUUGUUAUAUUGCCCAGGAGGACGGUUCUCGGUGCACCUGAUCUGUGGUAUUGACAAAGUUCAGUUGACUGGAAAACAAGCAAAAACCAAGGUGAACGGGUAUUGAAGAGGUUUUCUCAGAGUAGCAACCUUGUGGGGGGGAAAUUAGCGACAAUGUAACGCUGUUGACUGUGAAGGGUAUUUUGUAUAUUGUAAGAAUUAUUGUAAAAUAAAUGUGUAUUUAUUCCUUUGACUUAUUGGACUAGGAAAAUAAUACAAAAUGAUCCUCGGCUCGUAAAUAAACUAAUUCGAAUCCACAGCCACAUGUUCCAAUAAAUAAUUAAUUCCUACAGCUACUUAUGCAACCAACAAGAAUGUAAAAUUAUGGUUUCCGCUGGCAUUAUUUACGUGAAAGAUCUCUGUAAUUAAUAUUUCUGUUGCGUAUUUUGAUUGAGCUGAAAAUAAUUUUGCGGUUACUCUUCUUACAUUUUUGGUUUUUAUGUAAUAUCUAUAUCAAACCGCCUAAGACGAGUAAAAAGACAAAAAGUUAUGGUUGCCAACUUCCCUAGUUAAAUUGUUUUUAUUGUGAGAAAAGAUAAGGAGUGAAUUGUGAAACGCAA